GCGCCAAGCUUAUGAAGAAGCUAUGCAGUCCCACCAUCAAAGCCAACACAAACGAGUUAAAUAUGAUUAUCCUCUCUCAAUAAUUUUCAUAUAGGUGUCUUUAAGAUUUAAAAAUUCAAAUAUUCGUACAAAAUAACUAUUUGAUCCCUGCAUGUGCAUUCUACCUAAUAUCAUAUUAAUCAUGAUAUUAAACCAUGUCUUUAAAGACUCAAAUCAUUGAAUGGAAAUCUUAAAAAAUUCAGUUAGUAAACAUCCAUGGACUAUGUACAUAUUAUUUAUAUAAAUUAAGGAAUACAUAAAAACAUAAUGUUUAACAACAAGACGCGUAAAAUUAUUAUUCGAUCUAGAAAGCCGUGUUUGAAUUUAAUAACUGAAUUAGAAGAAUAAUAAAUAAAAAUAGCGACCGGGUCAGCCAUGAUUAAUCCCCACGACGUUAAAGGAGGGCUGGUCCUGGUUUUGGCGGGUUGUAGGUUUGGAUCAAGUCUCCCUGCUUCAUUCGCCUAGACCUUUCUAAGGAAGAAGGAGGUCUUCCUUAAAAGAGGAGCUACCUCUUUCCUUCGUCACUCGUUGAUUAAUACCAUUGAGUGGCUUCGUUCUUGAACUCCUCUAAUCAGUUAUCGGGCCAUGUACGCUUCUGCCCAGCAAGACUAUGGAAAAUUCGAGCCGCAGGGGUACCCUGCAGCCGCCGGCGGCCCUCUGAGCUACCCUACGGCUCCGGAUCAGCCACACCCACCACCCUACAUCUCUUCCACGGCCGUCGCCACACGGUGGUCUACCGGCCUCUGCCACUGUUGCGAUGAUCCUGCCAACUGCUUCAUUACUUGCUUCUGCCCUUGCGUCACCUUUGGCCAAAUUGCCGAGAUAGUCAAUCAAGGUUCCACUGCUUGUGGGGUAAGCGGUACAAUCUAUGGGCUGCUGGGUCUGACGGGCUUCCCCUGCUUGUACUCGUGCUUCUAUCGCUCCAGAUUGAGAGGGCAGUACGACUUGGUAGAGGCACCCUGCGCCGAUUGCUUGGUUCACUUGUGCUGCGAGCCCUGUUCGCUUUGUCAAGAGUACAGGGAGCUCAAGAACAGGGGCUUCGAUAUGGGAAUUGGUUGGCAGGCUAACAUGGACAGGCGAAACCGAGCAAUAACACCAGCCCCUGUUGUGGGAGCCAUGACUAGAUGAAUUAAUGUUUGAUUUCUCCACCGCCAUUAAAACUGCUUGCAUCUUUUUCAUUCUACUUUUACUGUAUUGAAUUGUAUUGUACUGUAUUUGUAUUCUUACUUGAUGUUUAUUUUUGCACAGUUGUAGCAUAAUUAAUACUGUCAAAUUUUGUGUGUAUACACCCAUAAACUUAAAUUUUAGUUCUGUUGUCGGCUUGGCCUUCUAA